GCAAUCCUCUCGCACAUAACCAUCCCUGCAUGGGAUUCGAACCUGCGAACCUACGCAGAGUAAUUAGAGGUGCGGUGGCGAGCGUAUUCCUAACGCUUGGCCGGUUGAGCCACACCGCCGCGCCAAGUUUUUCGAGAUUCUGUAGAAAGGUGGGUGGCAAGUUAAUGACUGUAGAUUGUAGGGGUCGCAAUUCCGGUAACCAAUUAAGCAUCAUACAGCUAUACCAGUAUUUUGGUACAGCACAGUUUUUUGAUUCCAAGAAUAACCCUCACAUUCACAGACAUCAAUUAUAACAAUGAGAAUAUACCCCUCCUUUACGAGUCUGGUCUUCAAUAUUGGCACAAAUCGGUACAGUAAUGCGCAAUAAACUAAAUGGAAGUGCAAUCUAAAAACGUCACCAUCAGAUUCCUCUGGAAAAAAACAUAUAGUUUUGAGUUUUGAUACUAUGAAAUGGUGCAAUGAGUAGUGUUUUAUUUGUUAUAUUCAAAUCUUUGUACAUUUGGAAUUUUUUACAGGACUAAAUCGAUUUACUAUUAACUGAUAAGAGUUUCGCUUAAAUAUAUAUUCUGUGCAAUGAACGCUGUGAUAGCCCUUUGUCAUUUCUGUGAGCAACAUGGUCCAAGCGUGAUGUUCUGCACAGAGAAAGGAGGCUUACCCCCCCAGAAAGAAACUGGUCUGGAUGCGUUGCCAGAAGUAAGCUCUUCGCAAGAAAUUCCACUUGGAACCAGUUAUCCAGAUUCAGUGAUGUCUGCGGAUUUUUCAAGACCUUGUUCGAGACAAAACUCAGUUAAUAAAAGUUCGCUUUGUCAGGCGUGUCGAUCUUUACCAGAUGGACAUAAAGGAUUCAUAAGCUAUGAUGGAAAAACUGAAGAAGUUUUUGUUAGUUCUCAACAUCCGCAGAAUCCAAAUGUUUUUGGUAAAGUUCGACAAGCUUGUGUGAGGAGUGUCAGCAGCGAAGUAUGCCCUGGAAGGGAAGGACCUAUUUUUUAUGGUGAUGAAAAUGAAGGCUACGUCUUAAGUUAUACUUUUCCAAUCAAAGACAGUCUUGCAAGAGGUUUUAAACGUCAAUAUAGCAUAAUCGUUGUUAUGAUGGAUCGUAUAUAUUUGAUCCAGUCCUGGCCUUUUCUUGUGGAAUGCAUCAGUAAGAUAAUAGCAUAUUUUCAAAAAUGUGCUGUAUCAGUGUAUAACAGUGAACAUGCUGAAUGUCCCCAGAGAAAUACGAGACUAAAGUCAUCUCUAUCGAAGACCGUAACUCCGCAAAAUUUUCGAUCAAAUCGGAGCAGUCAUUCUAAUGCAAGAGCACUUGUUGAACUUACAGGCGAUGAAAAACUAUAUUCAUAUCUUCAUUCAUCUUUCACAUGGUUAAUACGAGCUUGUAAACUACGCUGGAAAGAAAAUGUCAUUUAUAAUCCACCCACUUUAGAGAAAUUAUCUUUAGAUGAGAACGACCAAACUAUUGCUUCUUCAAUUGGGUCGGGUUUCAAAUUUCUUUCGCUACGCCACAUGAGGGAAGUUUUACAACCUCCACGAUUCAGAGCUAUAGUUUGGCAUUUGCUUAUUGGUAAUCAAGUAAUCUGGCAUGGAUUGCAAUCUGCUGUUAUAUCAGCCAUUCAUACCCUCAAAAAUAUCCUACCAAAAGGCUGUGCUAAUAUUGCAGAGUGGACGACUACAAUACCAACGGACAAAAAUUUAAUUGGAAUGCCUUGUCUUUUGAGUUUCAAAAAUGUCAGAACGAAAGACUAUGUUAUUGUAGAAGUCUUGUGGAAGAAUGGAAUAGAAUUUAAAUGGAACAGCAGUUGUGUUAUUCCAGAAAAGGGUCCAAGCCUUCUUGAAAAACUGGAGGUUGCUCUAGCGAAUGAGAAUCUUUCCAAUGAGGUUGUUUUGCAAUGUUUACUUUGUUUAAAACAAGAAUGGAUCAAUAAAACUGAAAUUCUUCGCAAAUUUGUGACGGAUAAAAGAAAUAAAGAUGACACAACAGAUUUAUUACAGAACUGUUUAUUCUGUAACGAUGAUGAUGUAAAAAUGAUGAAGUUUUGGUUGACCAGUUCUUAGUGGUGUCAGGCUAAAUGAGAGAUAAAAUGAACUGUAUUUCUUUUUCUAUCAUGUAAAUUCAUAUACAUUGAGGUACGGUCAGUGGUGUAAUUCAAAUUUUUUGUCAGCUGGUUCCUUCACAAAAAUCAUAUUUUUCAGCCGAUUCUGUUACAAACAGAACAUUGACAGUAACCAGUAAUGCUAACCGGUUUGCUGAUCUCAUAAAUUUCCGUGAGACGGUUCUAUAGAACCGGUGCAAACCGGCUGAUUCCCACCACUGGGUACGAUGUUAAACAUUAUUAUAAGUUGUCAAGUGUAAAACUGGCAUGCCCUCAUUUACUGAUAUCUGUGAUUUUUUCAGUAUCAAUUGAAUUGUGUUGAGCUAGUCUCAAAAUAUCAUUCUAGGGAUGUUUUAAAAAUUGUUUUGUUUUAAUACUUUCUACAUUUCAUUAUUGCUCUAUUUGUAUUAUACUAUUUUGAUUUUUACAUUAUUAUAAUUGGAUGCAAUAACAUUUCUACCAAUAUAAUAUUGUCAAGAAUUUAUCUCAUGUAAUUUGUCAGGUGGAAAAUUGAGUUAUAUCAUGUUACAACCUUACUUCCAAUAUUUGUACUUUCUGCAAUUUCUGUUGAUGCAGACGUUGAAAUUGAAAAAUAAUGUGCUAUUCAUCUUCUUGUUUUUGGUAUGUUUUGUUAAUGUUGUAUUGAAAAUAUAUUGGUGAUCAUAUUCUUGUUUCUGUAAAUUCUCCUAUUAG